AUGGCAGAGUGUGGAAAAGGAUCCAACAAUGAAGGCAAAAACGUACUUCGAGCUCAUUACAAGAUGUUGCGCCCAGCCGCACAGUUUCGUGGAGACGAGAUGAUUGUUUCGCGGCAUUCAGAGACGAUUGCUGAGGUGUUUCCGGAUUGGAUUGAACGUUGCAAGCUGGACGAUGCUUAUUACCAUCCCUUCGAUCUGAAAGUUGGUGGAAAAACAAAAGGGAUUCGUCGCCAAUCACUUGGAGGCUCCAAUACGACUUCUGAACAGCACACUAAGACCGCUGAACCUGGAGCUUCUGUCACUGGCAAUACCUGA